AUGUCUAACUUGCGGGAUCUCCUUAAUCCUGUUAGUGACGAUGACCACCAUAUGUCUCACUCCAACAAUGAGCUGGGGGUAGAGCAAGACCAAGAUCAUUACAUGGGCUAUGCGCCCAGUCUCCAAGAACUCGGCAACAUUGGAUCGACUGAUGAUGCCUCGCAAGCAUUUUGGUGGGCUCUAAAUGGAGACAUUACUGAGGCUGAUAGCUAUGCCCAGUCCAAUCUUACAAACACUCAAGUUGAUACUCUAUUUCCAGAACACAGCAUCCCGGUACACCACUAUGCUCAAGACAAUGAUCUGGGCGUUGAUCUACAACUGGGAAUGAUAGAUUUGGGUAUGGACUUCGACAUGAAUGAUUUUCAGAUGACAUCUCAUCCCGACGAAGACGAGAAUGUCCCCUCAGAUAUGACGACUGCACUCGAAAGCUUCCAAUUCCUUCAAUUGCCCACCGAAAGCUCUCGAGAAGGAUCAGCCAUGACACCGGGGCUUUCUGUGCUAAGUCGGUCAAAUACAACACCUAUAACAUUACCGGAAGAUGAGGACGCUUUAGUUCACUACGGCAUGCUUCACAACAUCGAAGUGAAAUUAGUACCUGAUGACAUGUUAUCCAUAGAUAAAAGACUGGCAGCAGAGGCGUCAGCUUACCAGUACUUCAGACCAACAGAUUAUCAGAACCAACUCAUGCUUUGCUUCCCUGGUGAUGGGAAACACUUCGGCCAUCUCCCUUUAGCGGCAGGCCAGACUCUCCUACCUCUGAUGACGCAACCAUCAGUCGAGAUUGAACCACUGGCUCUAAAAUACGAUCUGAGGGAGGUCAUAAGCCGUGCAAACAAACCCGCGGAUGCUAGGGUGAAAGUCGACAUGAAUAUCUAUGGUCUGCGAUCCAAGGCGUUGGAUAUUGGCCAAAGGCUCUCCAAUGGAAAGCUGUGGCUUCAGAGAUCUAGCCACGGGAGGCAUGGUACUGCUUACGAAAAUCCACACUUCUUGAACAUUAGCGCCGAAGAUACCGGAAUCGAUGAAGUCCAGAAUGCGGGACUGGUUCCUAGUGAUGCUGCCCCUAAGAAGAUGAGCAAGGAAGAUCAACUUCGGAAGAUGGUGGACGAGGUCUACAAAACGGUCGAGAACAACCGCGAACUUGAGAUGGUUGAAGGUGGUGACAGAGUAACCCAACAGCUGUUAAGACAUCAGAAGGAAGCCCUAGGUUUCAUGCUCGAGAGAGAGUCUGGGCACAUCAACGAAAAGUACAGACUUUGGGAAGAGAUCAAACACGGAGAUGGAAAAGUCCAAUAUCGACACAGAAUCACCAAGAGACGCAAGGAUAUGCGGCCAGAGGAGAAAGGUGGUGGUAUUCUUGCCGACGAUAUGGGAAUGGGAAAGUCGCUUUCCAUCCUCGCCUUGAUAAUGAAGACUCUUGACAAUGGCAAAGAGUGGGCGGAAGAGAAAUGCGGAGCACAAAAACAGGAGAUCUCUCAAAUUCUCUCGUUCUACCCUGGUUGUGGUCUCGGCAGCUUGCACUUACAGAAUGGUAUCGGAGUGGUUAAGUACCACGGCGAAAAGAGGCCGAAGACCCUCGAAGAGCUUCAGGACACAGAUAUCGUGGUCACAACGUAUCAUACGCUUACUGCCGAGUAUCUAGCGGGGAAAGGAAAGAAUUCGCCACUGUAUCAAUUAGGCUGGUAUCGAAUAGUCCUUGACGAAGCUCAUAUCAUCCGCCGUCCAUCCACAAAGUUCUUCCAGGCAUGCGAGUAUCUCCACGCCAACUCUCGAUGGUGUCUCUCUGGGACACCCAUCCAAAACAAGCUUGCCGAUAUUGGCUCACUGUUCCGUUUCAUUCGCGCCGAACCAUUCGAUAAGGCAUCCGAAUUUAGGAAGUGGAUAGAAACCCCAUUCGACAACGCUUUUAACGAUCAUGAGCUCAUAAGGGAUCGGUUGGUGCUACUCCUUGAAGCACUGUGUCUUCGGCGGACUAGAGAGGUCCUCAACUUGCCGAAGACACGACAAUUUGUUCGACAUUUGGACUUCAGUACGCAAGAGCGAGACCAAUACGAAAAGACAGACGCUGUCAUUCUACGCAACGUGCAGCAUCGCAUGGGCGAAGCUGAAAAGAGCUCUAAGUUUGGCAUGUUCCAGCGGUGGCUUCAACUGCGAAUUGUCUGUAACCACGGAACAUAUCAAAAGUUGUUCUCCUGGCAUCGGAGAAGCCUUUUGGAAGAGCGAGAGGCAAUAGUUGGAACAGCCGGUCACUAUGGCGAAUUAUCCUGCGUAGGAUGCGAGGAGCCGAUGCCAAUACUGGGAUGCGACUUAACAAAGAGGAUGUUCGACGAUGAAUGCUCUCAUAUUCUGUGCUCAAAAUGCAUUGAAGAGUCGAGUAUGUCCCUACCCGAGACUCGAAGCCGAUGCCCGAUCUGCGUCAGAUGGUACAAAGAACCUUCAAUACCCCGAGAGGAAGAGACUUUGGGGCACAGUGAGAGACCGAGAAAGCGACGAAAGGCUACUUUAGCAAUAGAUGAUCACGAGAGCUACUUCAACGCGCAAGGUAUUUCAACCAAGUUAAGGACUUUGGUUGAGGAUGUUCAGAAAGAUCUCUGGACCACAAAAAGGCACUUGGAACAGGCUAAGAUUCCAUACCUCCAGCUCGAUGGCAAUAGUCCUCUGCCCCAGCGGCACGCUACGCUCCUUAAGUUCGAGAAUGAGGAUGAGACACCGGACAUACGGCAGCAGCAGGAGCACAAGAAGCAUAUUGCAGCACUAGGUUUCGAAGAAGAAAUCUUCUAG